CGCUAGUUUUCUUUCUCUUCUUUUCAUCAACAACUGUUGUUAGGAGUAUAGUACGUAUCGCCUGUGCCCACACGGACACCCUUACGACCAGGACGGCCCACACGCCGAUUGAUGGCCCUGCCAGUGCUGGCAGGGCGCCGUUGGAAUCACUCGGAUCGACAAUCGAAGCCAUUCGAAGCUGUUCAUCAUAACACGGCGGCAAUCCAGCCAGAGUAUGGCACUACGGCAAUCUCGCUGUGGGUGCGAGGAAUCACCCUCCCAGACAUCCACGAAGUGGUGGGACGACGCCAGCACCGGAUCGUUGCUGGUGGAUCGACGACGUCAGAGGACUACCGGCACCAGUGCCGCCAGCACGCGAUCCCGUCUGGCGACAAGGCCCUGGACGGUAUUGGCGACGUGUGGACGUCGUCCCUACAGUCUACGCCUAGUGCCGUCUGCCUACACCCCCAAACCAGCCCCAAAUCACCCGGUGGGUCCCCUGAAAUGAGAGCCAGGCCCAAAUUUUUUGUUUGUUUUUCUGCCGAGAUUCACAAACAUGAUAGCCGAAUCCUUAGUGGAAGAGGGUUGGGCCACGGAUCGACACUGGUGGCACGAAACGCUCUUGGGGUGCUGACACCGACCCGUCGUCCACCACAAUACCCGCUUGAAACACCAGCGCGCCGUGCGCAAACUCACUUUGGUCGUCCAGUUUUUCUCCAUCACCGAACCCAUACUAACAUCUAGGUUAUUUGAUCUUGACUUGCAUAAAAUGGUUCCUCCUCCUGCUGAAAUCCGUAGAAAAUUAGUCAUUGUUGGUGACGGUGCUUGUGGUAAGACAUGUUUGUUGAUUGUGUUCUCCAAGGGUACCUUCCCUGAAGUCUACGUCCCUACUGUUUUCGAAAACUACGUCGCUGACGUCGAAGUCGAUGGCAGAAAGGUUGAAUUGGCAUUAUGGGAUACUGCUGGCCAAGAAGAUUACGAUAGAUUGAGACCUUUGUCCUACCCAGACUCCAACGUCAUUUUGAUCUGUUUCUCGGUGGAUUCUCCUGACUCGUUGGAUAACGUCUUGGAAAAGUGGAUCUCCGAAGUUUUACAUUUCUGUCAAGGUGUUCCAAACAUCUUGGUCGGUUGUAAGUCCGACUUGAGAAACGACCCAGCCACCAUCGAACAAUUAAGACAACAACAACAACAACCAGUUUCUACAUCUGA